AUGCUAAGAGCUAGAACUACAAGACAGGGUAAUACGGUUUUAUCCCAAUUAUACAGAAGAUGUUUCGCUACGCAGGGAUUCAGCUACCCAGUUCCUCCAGAGUACGAAUCGAGAACCCCACCAUAUUCCAAAUUAGUUGAUAAACUUGCCACCGUUAAAAAAAUAAUCAAUAACCAGCCGUUGACUCUUGCUGAAAAGAUCUUGUAUUCUCAUUUAUGCAAUCCCGAGGAAAGUCUCACUUCAUCAAAUGUUUUCGAUAUCAGAGGUAAAGAAUAUUUGAAAUUGAAUCCUGAUCGAGUUGCAAUGCAGGAUGCAUCUGCUCAAAUGGCAUUGCUACAAUUCAUGACUUGUGGUAUGAACUCAACCGCAGUACCAGCAUCUAUACAUUGUGACCACUUGAUUGUGGGUAAAGAUGGUGCUUCUACUGAUUUGACAAAGUCCAUUGCAACUAAUAAAGAAGUAUUUGAUUUCUUGCAAAGUUGUGGUGAAAAAUACGGUAUUCAGUUUUGGGGACCAGGAUCAGGUAUUAUUCAUCAAAUUGUGUUGGAGAAUUUCUCAGCUCCUGGGUUGAUGAUGUUGGGUACCGACUCACACACACCAAAUGCCGGUGGUCUCGGUGCUAUUGCCAUCGGUGUCGGUGGUGCCGAUGCUGUUGAUGCAUUAACCGGAACGCCAUGGGAGUUGAAAGCUCCAAAAGUCUUGGGUGUCAAAUUAACUGGUAAAAUGUCGGGAUGGACCUCACCCAAAGAUGUCAUUACCACUUUGGCAGGUAUAUUGACUGUUAGAGGAGGUACCGGUUACAUUGUUGAAUACUUUGGCGAUGGAGUUGCUAAUUUGUCAUGUACUGGUAUGGCCACGAUAACCAAUAUGGGUGCUGAAAUUGGUGCUACCACUUCCAUCUUCCCAUACCAAGAUGCCCAUAGGAGGUACUUGAUUGAAACAAAAAGAGAACCUGUAGCGAAUGCAGCAGAUGCCGUCAACAAGGAGGUCAAGUUCUUGCAAGCUGAUGAAGGUGCUGAGUAUGACAAGGUUAUUGAAAUCAACCUUUCUGAAUUGGAACCACAUGUAAAUGGUCCAUUUACACCGGAUUUAUCAACACCGAUCUCCAAGUUUGGAGAAACUGCACAAAAGGAAGGUUGGCCAGCAACUGUGUCGGCUGGAUUGAUUGGGUCUUGUACCAACUCAUCUUACCAAGACAUGUCAAGAGCUGUAUCUAUUAUCAAACAAGCAGAAGCAGCAGGAUUGAAGCCAAAGAUACCAUUCUUUGUUACACCAGGCUCGGAACAGAUUAGAGCUACAAUUGAAAGGGAUGGGCUUAUAAGCACAUUUGAAAAGAAUGGUGCCAUUGUUUUGGCGAAUGCUUGUGGUCCCUGUAUUGGUCAAUGGGACAGAGUUGAUGUUCCUAAGACAUCUACGGAUUUUAAUGCUAUAUUUACCAGUUUCAAUAGGAAUUUCAGAGCUAGAAAUGAUGGAAAUAGAAAUACCAUGAAUUUUUUGACAUCGCCAGAUAUGGUUACAGCAAUGAUUUAUUCAGGUGACAUCAACUUCAAUCCAAUCACUGAUGCCAUUAGAUUGGAAAAUGGCACUGAAUUUAGGUUUCAGCCACCAGAAGGUGUUGAUUUGCCCGAUAAAGGAUUCAUCAAGGGUAGAUCAGAAUUUUACCCUGAACCAAAUCCACAACCCAAACCAGAAGUUCCUGUUUCUGUUAGCCCAACUUCAGAUAGAUUGCAAUUAUUAGAACCUUUCGAACCUUGGAAUUGUGAAGAGUUGUCAACUAAUGUAUUAUUAAAAGUGGAAGGGAAGUGUACUACUGAUCAUAUAUCCGCUGCCGGUGCAUGGUUGAAAUAUAAGGGACACUUGGAAAACAUUUCCUACAAUACUCUAAUUGGUGCUGUAAAUAAAGAAACUGGUGAGGUCAAUAAAGCAUACGAUUUGAAUGGUGAUUCAUAUGGUAUUCCAGAAUUGAUGAUGAAAUGGAAAGCAGACAAGAGGCCUUGGGUUGUUGUUGCUGAACACAAUUAUGGUGAAGGAUCAGCAAGAGAACAUGCUGCUUUAUCACCAAGAUUUCUUGGUGGUUCGGUAAUUUUGGUGAAAUCGUUUGCUAGAAUUCAUGAAACAAACUUAAAAAAGCAAGGUAUGUUGCCAUUGACUUUUGCCAAUGAAGAAGAUUACGAUAAGAUACUGGCGGGAGAUUUGAUCACCACCAUUGAUUUGAAAGAUAUGAUUGCCAAGGAUGGAAAUAACGGGGGAACAUUGCGAUUAAAAGUUACCAAAAGAGAUGGAUCUGAAUUUGAAAUUGGUGCCAAACAUACAAUGUCAAAAGAUCAAGUUGAAUUCUUUAAAGCUGGUUCAGCCAUCAAUUACAUUGGUAAUUUGAAAAAGCAAGAGUCAAACGCAUGA